UGGACUGGGACAACGCCCGUACCAUCUUGCUAGCUAUAUUUCUUUGGAUUCUCCUUAAUCAUAUCAUGUACAAGCUUUAGAUCUACACAAGUAAACUGUGAUCAACAAGAAUUUAUCAGCAGAAGAGAAGUGGGAUUUAGAGAAAUUUGUGUGAGAAUGGAAAAGAAACGAUCUUGGGCUUGUACUUUUGUUUUGCAAGUUUCUCUCUUUAUUGCCUUCUACCUUGCUCUCAACUUGGAUCAGCCUCAAACGUCCCUUUAUAAUAGCAGAAAAGGCACUAGAACACCUCUUGAUGUUUACUUUCUUAGUGUUAGAGGAGGAUAUAGACCCCUUAAACAACGAGCCCUUCUUCUCAAACAGAUGGAGAAGGUGGCUAACAUUUACAAGGCAAGGUUUGUGGUGAACAUUAGUGAGCUGGGAGAAGAUGAUCCGCUCACCCAGAAUGCAAGCAGGCUCUUCCCACCACAGAAAAUCCCAUGGUAUUCUACGAGAGUCUCAAACGGCAGGGAAGGUGGAUGCUUCCUGGAGCAGAUCAACAUAACUUGUGGGAAAACGUUAACAGUUGUUGGUUUGGAUACCGGGCUGUUACAGGAUUUCAUGGGAUCAACGAGUGGCUUUAAGAAUGGCCAGUUAAACUGGCUGACAGAAACACUAGAAGCGACCACUAAUAGCUGGGUCAUAGUUUCUGGAUAUCACCCUGUGGUUAUCUGUGACAAGGAGCGAGUGGAAGCAAAGCAAAUUUAUGGGGCUUUGCACAAUAUCUUUAUGAAAUAUGGAGUGAAUGCUUACAUUAGCAGGCAGGGUUGCAAUAGUCAUACCGUUCAAGGUGGUGUGGCAUACAUAGGCAUUGCAGACUCUAUUGAGAGUGAACCUUUGAAUUCCUCAAAUGGAAGAUUGGCUUUCCGAAACUUCCACAGAGAUACGGUGAAUGAUUGGUUUCUUCUCCACAGAGUUGGCUCCCUCGAGAUUACAACCUAUUUUGUAAGCUCAGCAGGGAAGAUUGUGAAUAAAGCUGUAAUCGAACAGCGUGGUAAGGUGGCCAUGUAAAUUAAGAAUUCAGAGGACCAAACUCCAUCCAUUAUUGAAGCCUUGGUGCAGCUGCGUCCAUAUUGGCAUUCCCUAUAUUAGCUUCCUACAUUGAGAGGACGACAGGAUUUCUAUAUACGAUAUUUUGCCAACGUCUAAAGCACCAAAAAUAGUGGUAUAUAUGAAGCUUUUUCUGAUCAUGUGAACAUGGAUUGUCAAGCAAACUCUCAAGUUUCAUUUUAGAGCGGAAAAAAAUGGCAAUCAGAAAUCAUAUUAAUGAACUA